AUGUGGUCGUUUUUAGUUCCCUGUAAAGUUCGUUACUCCGGCCCGGGGGCAUGCGACUCAAGUAUCAGAGGCAGGAAGAUUGUUGGUAAAGAUAUUUUAUCCAAAUUCCCCGAUUCCAACGCUUAUUUGGGGGUGGCAAGCCUCGAUGCAAUUGUCAACUGUGAACGCGAUGGCAACGACCAAAGGCUCCAAUCAGAGCUUCUCAAGUUUAACGAGUAUAUAGACUUAAAUGACGCCCUACAUAAUUAG